UUCAUUGCCUGAACAAUUUAUCAAAACUUGGCGGACUGUUUAAUUUGUUAUUAAAUGAAGUCGCGUAUUAGUCAAUAACGGUGGUGAUUGAAAUAUCAACGAAUAUCGAUCGAAACUGAAUACGGCGCCACCAUUGGAUCCUCUCUUCAGCAUCCAGUUUGGAAAAUUGAUGAUGAAAGAAAACAUAAAUGUUUAGUUAAAAGAAUAUAAAAACUAUAUAUGUUAAGUGUACAAUAUUCAAAUACUUUUCCGACAUUAUUAACAUUCAAGGAUAUCUUGUUCCUUAUGCUGACAUUUUUAUGGAAGAAUUGCGUUUUAGAUAUCUAAUUAAAAGCAUCGAUUGAUCGAACGAGAACUGUAUGACUCAUUCUAAGAAGUAAACAAGGAGUUCUGAAGAAUCUGCUAUAAGGUGUCAAACAGCAUUUACUUUGAAAUAAGAUGUCUAGCUGUCUCCCAUCCUGCUGGGGAGACUGUAGAUGUCGAAGUUCAGCAAACGAAAAUACAACAAGUGCACCAGAAAAAAGGACUACUACAACUACAUGUAAAAACUGUGAGGCUAAAAAUAAAAAGAGUGGUCUUGGAUGCAGAAAACGUAACGAUGACACCAGAGGUAGAGACAAAAGAAAUAGUGGGGAAAACCAAGAAAUUGUCGGUGGUUGCUGGAGUGGGGGUCAUGGAUGUUUCAUCACAUCAAUGCAUCCUCCAAAACCCAAAACAGCAUGCAGCAUAUGUGAACAGAAAAAGAAAUCACGAAUAACGGCAGAGACAUUUUGUCCUGAAUGUGAAGAAGCCCUUUGCAAAUCAUGCGCAGAACACCACAAGCUGUCGAAAAUAUCAAAAGAUCAUCACACAAUACCAGUGCAGCAUUACAGUGAAAUUCCCACUUUUGUAUUAAAAACAGAGCAGUGCUGCUUAGACCACAAGCUUGAAUAUGAAAUGUAUUGCGUAGACCAUAAACACCCAUGCUGCGUUCGAUGUGUUUCGGAAAAUCACGUGGAUUGUCAUAAUCUAAAGCCACUAAAUGAUGUAGUUCAUAACGCAAAGUCUUCGGAACUCCUGAAUGAGAUCGAAAAAAAUAUUGAUGACAUAUCCGCUUACUUAGAAACUGCACAAAAAGAACGGGAGGAAUAUGUCAGAAAGUUUGAGGAGCAAAUCGCUCAGUGUCGGAAACAUAAAAAUUUGAUAAAGAGCCUGAUAACGGACCAUUUAGAUCAACUUGACCAAAAAAUGGAAGCUGAACUCCAUACAAGGGAAUCUGAUUAUAAAGUGGCAUCAGAAAAGACGAUUGGAGAGAUCGAGAAACGAAGAGAAAAUGUUAAGAAAAUCGCAGAUGAUAUUUCUGCUAUGAGGAAAUAUGCAUCAGAUAGACAAACUUUCCUUGCAAUGCAUUUGCUGAACGAAUCUGUAGGCAAGGAACAAAACGCAGUUUACGAAUUGUCCAACAAUAUGGAGCACAUCGAGUUGACCGUGAACGAACCUGAUAUAACGGCUGUAUUAGAAGCUCAGUCCUUGGGAAAUUUAAAAGUGAUUUCAUUACCAGUAGACUCUGUCUUCAAAAUAAAGAAAAAAAUGAAAGAAAAGAUGGCAACGAAACAAGACAAUUCUCGGGAAAAGCGACGCCAACAGAACGCCGUAGAAAAAUGAAGAGACAGCUGUGAAAAUAUUGGUUAUGUAAAUAAUUUGAUGUUCCAAGAUGUUAUUUGUUAGUAUAUGUUCAGAAUUUAAAUCAUAUAUACGGGUAGAAUAUUCCUUUAAGUAAAGUAUUUCGGAAGUAUUUUUUUUCUUACCGAUAGUAACUGCCGUGUAAUGUUUCAAAACGAAAUAAGACAACAAAUAUUUUGUCAAGUUUUUUCUAUUCUAUGAUAAUGCAUGUCAUAUUUAGAGGCAGAGUUGUUUCUUAUUCUGACAUGCUUAGGUAUUGAACAGUAAUUUAAUGAAUUCAGUGUUGAAAUUUUGUAUUUGACAAAAAGUACUAGCAUGUAAAUAUAUUUGUUUCUUUAUCUUCUUAUAUAUUUAGGUAUAGAAAUGUUGGUACACCCUAACAAGCAUGUUCUAUCUAGCGAACGACCAUUUGAAUUCAAAGUGGUGAAUUUAAUACUUUACUAGUUUACUAUGUUUUUCCCCCCAAAACAAUAUUGUGAUCAAACAGAUGAAAAUAAAUGAAUCAAGAUUUCU